CCUUACCCAUCCCGUUAAUGCCACUUGGAAAGUAACUUUGGCCGCAUUCACAUCAGUUCCCACCUUCGCGUACGAAUCGCUUUGAGAUCGUCGUCUCGAUCGUCGUCGUAUUACACACAUUUUUAUUAGCCCUAGUUCACUUGGUUAUUUUAUCUUCGAAUGAGAAAAUGUUGAACUCUUUUCAACCGACACCAUCUAUCGUCGUGGAAGAUGUAGACCACCUACAGACUCGCCUGGGGUUUCAAUCCCCACCGUCGUAUCACAUGAAAAUCCACGACAACAAUAAUGUUCCUUCAACAUUGAGCUUGUGCACCACCUUUGGCAUAAUUAAACCUGAUGUCGAUGCGUAUGUCACACCUCUGUCGCUGUGCCAACUACCGUCAACGCCGAAAUCGCCGUCCUCACCAGUACCUCCAUCGUCGAAAGAUAAAGUUAUGGUGGUGUCGGGGGGUACGAUGCCACCCUGUUUGGCUACCUCUGGAUUGGAGAGCAGUUUCACUUCCGUUGAUAUUGGCGGUCCGAAUCACCCGGCUGCUAGAUCAGCUGCUGCCGAUAAUGAUUCCAGUUGGAAUUCCGAGUUCAGCCAACAAACUUCUGGUUGCUUUGAUCUCAAGUCUGGUUUGAUGUGCGUCACGCGUGCAAUUACAAAUAGUACUGAUCCAUUAAGAGAAAAGUGUGAUCACCAUCGAAUCGACAUCAGUGAAAGUCCUUUAGAACUGCAUGCCACUAAAUCUGGUCGACCAGCUGGACAGCCGUCUACGAAACGAAUGUCAUGUUCCAUGAUUGGCAUUUUCUUUAUUUGUCUGGCUGUAGUUGGACUAAUAGCCAUUGGAAUUUCUAUGUACAUGGAAUUUGUGUCAAAGCCGUCGCGGAUAGCGGAAAGUAGGAAACCAAUAUUGAACGAAACGACGAUCUGUGAUUAUCUGCUCAACAGUUGUGAUAAUGGUACUUUAAUCAUUGAUAAUACUGAGACUGAGCCAAUCCGUAGUAACCAAACGAAUACUGCAAUAGAAAGCGGUCGAGUGGAAGCAACGUUUAGCAGCAACUUUACAAGCCAACUUGCUACCAAAUUACCCGGAAAAGCAGCUUAAUCUAGUCCUCUAGGUCUUGCUCCACAUUUUAACUUGAAUGAUAUAUUUUAAUAUUUUAAAUCCUGUUUUACAUUAAAAAUUUUUAUACAUAUGAUGAAUACCAAUUAUAUGAAACAAUACAUUUUUAGAAAUACA